GUAAGAUUGACAGGUUUCAGCUGAGAUAUGUCUGUCUAUACGUGUUUAUAUUUUUUGAUUCCUUAAAUGCGUUUAAGUUGAAUUACCUAUAUGGACAACGAACCACUGAUUUUUUUUAGUUGUACGCAAGAGUACUUUAGUGCAAAAGUUAGCAACUUCAAAAUUAUAAUGAUUUUAUGGACUAUCAGAAUAAUUAGAAAUGUCUUCCUUUUAUAUUGAGUGAUAAACAUACUCUAAAGGAGACAAAAAUGGAUAUUCAGCAAUAUGCAAUUCUGGAACAAAAGCAAGAAUCUGCUGUUAACACCAUCAACAAAUCACUCAAAAUCAAAACUGAAAAUCACUGUGAUUGUGCUGAAGAUUCCUUGAUGAUAAAUAUUGGAUCUAAGGAGGAUCAAUUCAAAAAUGAAUUCGAAAUCAAUGUAUUUGAUGGGAGCCUCAAAACGGAAAUGGACGUUUAUUCUUGUGGGAGUGCUAAUGAAAAAAUGGAAAUCUCAUUAAAUCGAAUCAAGGAAGAACUAGUUGAAGAGGAACAUGAUACAGAAGACAGUGAAAGUUGUUUGGUGGAAUUCAUUGAAUGUAAGAGAGAGCCAAUCAAAAUUGAGGAAGAUAUAGGUUUAUUUCAUAAUAACGUAAAACGUGAAAUUAUUGAGGAAGAAACGAAUGAAGAUUCCACUAAGAAUGUACAUCUUCCUCAAAAAAACAACUCUGCAUCUACUACAGAAGAAAAACCUUCAGUUGCCAAAGAAAACUCCUCCCUCAAGUGCAGAUUUUGUCCUAGGACUUACUCAGAAAGCUCAGCCCUGAAAAGACAUGAAAGCCGAAUUCACAGAAAGGAAAGACCACAUAAAUGCCGGUUCUGUUCAAAAACUUUCACUAUAGAAUCCACUCUGAAAAUACAUGAACGCUUUCAUACGAAAGAAAAACCGUAUAGUUGCAAAUUAUGUUCAAAAGCUUUUUCCACGAAAUCGGACUUGUUGAAUCACGAGAGAGUCCACACAGGAGAGAAACCAUUCCAAUGUCCCAUCUGCUUGAAAUAUUUUGCUAAACAAUCUACUUUGGCGACACAUCAGAAAAUUCAUAAGGACGAUAAACCUUUUCGUUGCCAAAUCUGCCCACAGGCGUUUCCUUACAAAUCCAAUCUGGAUUACCAUGAGAGAGUUCAUACAGGAGAGAGACCAUUCGUGUGUAGUUUGUGUCCAAAAACCUUUUCUCACAAUUACACCUUGCUGAGACACCAGAGAGUUCACACGAAGGAAAUGCCUUUUCAGUGCAAAGUCUGUUUGAAGUAUUUUGGCCAGAGUAGUUAUUUGAGGAAGCACAUGAAAAACCGCCAUGGGACAGAGUCUCAUGAAUGUAGGGUUUGUUCAAAACCCUUUUUGUCCAAAGCUUCAGUGGUGAUACAUGAAAAAACACAUACAGGAGAAAAGUCUUUUCAAUGCAAGGUUUGUUCCGAAUCUUUUACUAGAAAUGCACAGCUGAAAUUGCACCAGGUGCUUCAUGUUAAUAUAUCUGAUUUAUUGGUCUCUUGAGUCUGAGGAAGUUGAGGACAGAAGUGUUGAAAUUGGGGAUGGUGACAAAAUAAAAAAUAUUGAAAUAGAAAUACUACCACAAGUGACCGGUUACUAAAAAGGUGGAUAUGGUACUGUAAUGAAAAUGCAAUAUAGUAUAUGUUUUUGUUUU